AUGCAUUUCCACUCAAGGCUGUCCGCUCUUUUGGGGCUCUUCCAUCUCAUUUCUCCGCUGUUGGCUGCGGAGAACUCUUCAUACUUUAAUCUGAAUUCUGCUUUCGGUCUACUUGGCUCUGAUCUGCCUGCCCAGCUCCUCGACCUUCCUGUCGGUACCUGCAAUGCCGAGACUCCUUGUGUCAAUGGCGCUUGUUGCAGUGGUAUUACCGGCCUUUGCGGUUAUUCUCCUGCAGAAUGUGGUGCUGGCAACUGCACCUCCAACUGCAAUGCCAAAGCCGAAUGCGGCCAAUAUGGUGUCCCCGGAAGGCAGACCUGUCCGUUGGGUGUCUGUUGCUCGCAGUUUGGCUUCUGCGGCUCGGUCGAUGACUUUUGCAACGUCGACAAGGGGUGCCAGAGUGAUUUCGGAGGCUGCGGCCCAGUAAAGCGGCCUUCGUGCAGCAAGACUGGAAACAGCGUCCAAGGUCGGUCAAUCGGCUACUAUGAGUCCUGGGCCAACACUCGUCCCUGCGGCAAGGUGUCCCCCGAGGACUUGAACCUGGACGGACUGACACAUGUCAACUUUGCUUUCGUCUUCUUCGACCCGGUCAAGUUCAGUAUCGUCCCCAUGGAUAAGAACGCUGGAUCACUCCUGAGUCGGUUUACAGCGCUCAAGGAGAGGAAGCCCGGCCUUCAAACCUGGGUCAGUGUCGGCGGGUGGUCGUUCAACGACCACGAUCGUGGCGGAAAAGCCGAGGACAAAGCCAACUUUGUUCUUCUUUCCAAGGAAAUCAAGGAAGCCUUCGGCAAGCGAUACGGCUACUCCAUCACGCUUCCAGCAUCUUACUGGUAUCUUCAACAUUUCGAUCUGAAGAAUCUCCAGCCACACGUCGACUGGUUCAACUUGAUGUCCUAUGACCUGCACGGAACAUGGGACGCUGCUUCAAAGUUCGUCGGCCCAUACGUCGCCACGCACACCAACAUGACAGAAAUUGAUCUCGGUCUUGAUCUCUUAUGGCGCGCUGGGGUCAAGCCUAAGAAUGUUGUCUUGGGCCAAGGAUUCUACGGUCGUUCUUUUACCCUUGAAGAUUCCAAGUGCAACAAGCCCAAUGGAGUCUGUCGAUUCAGUGGUGGCGCAAAAGAGGGCCCUUGUUCCAAAGCCUCGGGUAUCCUGAAUCUCCAGGAGAUCAUGGAUAUCAUCAAGGACAAGAAGCUCGAGCCCGUCCACGACGAGAAGUCAGGCACCAAGUGGAUUCACUGGGACAAUGACCAAUGGGUUUCGUACGAUGACGGCGAGACAUUGGGUCAGAAGGCCGAGUUCGCCAACUCGCGAUGUCUGGGUGGCCUCAUGGUCUGGGCCCUGGACCAAGUCGCCCAGGAUGCCGCCAGUCUCCUGAACCCUGACGACAUGGAUGAAGAGGCUCUGCUCGAGGCUGAGGUCAUCUACCAGGACGAAGCGGCCAAGGGCGUCUGUUACACUACCAAAUGCGGCGAAAAGUGCCGAAACGGUGACCACGAGGCCACCCAGACCAACGGUCAACCCGGGACGUUGUCAACCAUGGACCGCUGUCCCAAAGACGAGUUCCGGAGCGUCUGCUGCAGCAAGGGCUCCGUCAUGGGCACCUGCCGGUGGAGAGGAUACCGUGGGCUGGCCAUGUCUUGCAUGGGCGGCUGUGCGGAGGGGGAGGUGUCCAUCACAGAAAACAGCAACAGCCGGACGGACAAGGAGGAUCAGAGCUGCACGGGCGGCACGCAGACCUACUGCUGCAACGGGUUCAAGCCUCCAAUCUCCAAGGAGCAAAUCACCGAGACCAUCAAGGACGAGGCGACCGACGCGGCGAUUGCGGCAGCGGAAGCGUUGGCGCUGGAGGUUGCGGCGAAGGCUUUCUGCCGCAUCGCCAUCAUGGCAGCGACUGCGCCACUGCGGUUCAUCCCUUUUGUCGGCAAGUCAAGCUCAAAAGUAAACAUUCUCUUUUGUUGA